CGCACAGAGCUCCUGCAGCGGGCACGCGCUUUCCUGAGCUCGCCACAGGUCCGCCAUGAAGACCUGACCGCAAAGCGGAGAUUCUUGGGAGAGAAGGGACUGUCUGAGAACGAGAUUGAGAGCCUGCUGCGUGAAGUGCCCGCGCCCCCGCCAUUACUUCCGGCGAAGACAUAUCCGCAACCACCGCCUUCCCGCCUACCGCGUCUGCUCCUCGACUCUUUGCGCGCCCUCACCUGGAUAGCAGGCGGGUCCGCCGCGCUCCUCCUCGCCUAUUUCCGGUUCAUAUACCCCAGGAUUGCACAGACAUACCAAGCCCGCCUAUCCCUGCGCACGCAGCGCAAAGCCUUGCUCGAGCGUCUCACAGGCUCGCUACAAGAUCUCAAAGCCACACAGCAGUCCACAUUCGCAGUCCUGCCACAACCCGAACCCCUCCGCGAACCUGCCAAGUACAGAGAAUACCAAACGCUUGACAAGCUCGCAGAAGCGAGUAAGGGUGAGCAGGACAUCCCACCGGUCACGCUCCUGCGCUGCGCGAUCCAGGAAUGCUCAAAGGGCACGAAGAAGGCGACCUCCGCGGAACUCUUCAGCAUACUAGAAGAGAAGUUCCCGUGGGUCGCAGCGGAGGGUUCUCAGCACGAGGAGACGCUCUGGGAAACGCUCACGAACUCGCCCAUGUUCCAGCCUGCGCCUCUCCCUCCCGCCGCCCCUUCCACAACAUCUCCCGUCCCUCCCCCGCCCGCCCCCUCCCAAGACACAGUCUGGACAUACGUCCCCCCACCCCCACCCGCCACACCGCCGCUCCUCACCUCCCUCUCCACCCUCGCCUCCACACUCCCCACCGCCACAUCCUCCCCCUCCCAGCCCAAAUUCCAGCACACCUUCCAGGCGCUCUCCGACCUCACCGGGUACAUCGCCGCGCAGACGUACGCCGCCCCGCACACGCUGCGCGCGCCCGGGCUCGGCCUGGGCGUCCCGCUCGCGCCUGCGGAGGAAGAGGUGCGGCGCGAGAUUCGCGCGCUGAAGGGCUUGGUGCUGAACCGCCGCUCGUUCAUGCCGCGCGCGCCC